AUGCCUCGUCAACGCUCCGUCGGCCGCGCCCCCUCGCGCCCUACCGCCCCGGCCUCCAAGCCCGCUCCCACCCAAGCUCGCCCUGCAACCACGAUGGCCGCUCCCCCUCAACACGCCGCUCCCCCCGCCGCUCCCCCGGCCGCCGCCGCCCCUUCUCAGGGCCCCGGUCUCUUUGGCCAGAUGGCUAGCACCGCUGCCGGUGUCGCCAUCGGCUCCUCCGUCGGCCACGCCAUCGGCGGCCUCUUCUCCGGCGGCUCCUCCGAGGCCCCCGCCCAGGCCCAGUCCGCCUCCCCCGUCGCCGAGUCCCAGACGACCUCCCAAUGGGGCAACAACUGCGCCGGCGCCACCCAGCAGUUCACAAAGUGCAUGGACGAGCAGAACGGCAACAUGCAGAUCUGCAACUGGUACCUCGAGCAGCUCAAGGCUUGCCAGGCUGCCGCCAGCCAAUACUAA